CACAGUGCACAAAGGCUAAAUAUAGAAACGGGAAUUCCCACAUAGGGCUUGGUGUGGCAUCGUUGAACGAUAUACAGAAAGCAACCAUUCAGUGUGUUGUGCCAACAUCUAACGGAUCAAUGUUGGAAUGCACUCUUAAACUACAAGAUUUGAUGUUUCAUGCCAGUUGAUGUUUCAAGCCAUGUUCUUUCAUUAAAAACCAAUUAUCAUUAAAGCAACUUCCAACAAAAUGGCAUCAAAUAUAACAGCUGAGUCAGUGCUAACAAAGAUAAGUCAGGAUCAUCUUGAAUGUCCAAUUUGCAGUGGACGCUUCAAGCAACCCAAACUACUGGAGUGUUCUCAUUCAUUUUGUCUCGAAUGCCUUCAACAACUCAGACAGAAUAGUCCAAUUACUACAAGGCUUUCAUGUCCAGUGUGUAGACAAGAAACUCUAAUAAAUGAAAAUGGCAUUGAUGGUCUCAAAACAAACUUAACAGUCCUUUCACUGAUAGAAGCUAUUGAAACACAGGAAACCCAACUGAAACAGCAACAAGGAAAACAAGUACCCAGUCAGGAGUUUGUUUCCAAGUGUAGCAAGCAUACUGGCAAGGAUCUUAUCCUGUAUUGUGAAACAUGCAAGAAACUGAUAUGUUCAACUUGCAUUGCUAAAGACCACAGAACGCACCCUGUAAUAGAACUGAAUGAAGCUUCACACAAAAGUAAACAACAUGCCGCAGAACUUCUGGCAGAAGUAAGACAGAGUAUCACAACCUUCAACACUGCCAUUCAAGAAAUAGAUACGUCUCGCAAGACACUAGACUCUAUGUUUGCUGCCACCAAAGAGAAAAUCACCAAGAAGGCUGAUGAGGAGAUUGCCAAGGUGGCUGCCAGGAUCAGAGAGGAGAAGCAGAAACUGAUGCAAGAGGCAGAACAGAUUUAUAAAGACAGAGUCAAGACAAUGCAAACUGCACGAGCUACAAACAGCAAAGAGAUCAACAAAGCAGAGCUCAAGCAGGAUGAGGUAAAUCAACUUAUGGAUCAACGGAUCAAGAUUGUUCAUCACAUAGAACAACUAUUACAAGACCUCAAAGAAUACAGAGAGAAGAAAUCCACAAAAGUACCCGAUGGGUUGAGUUAUAUGGACUUUAAAGAAGGCCAGAACUCACUAGGGAGACUGGUGCUGAAAGAUGAACAACAAGUGGAAUCAGCAACUUCGGCUCAAGCUAGAAAGCCAACAUUUCAAUCCAUGAAACAAGACAAAUGGACAUUAAAAACAGAAAUGAAUAAAUACAAGAACAUGAAACAACAGAUGGUGAAUAUUAAUCUUGCAAGGGAUGUUGCUGCAUACUCUAAUAGUGAUAUUGUUGUUGUGUCAGAUCGGAUUAAUACCAGCUUGAUUACAAUACCAGCAGAGAGCAACCCUCAAUCCUAUAAUGUCUCACAAGAACUAUCAAUCCAAGGACUUACAGGACCAAGCAUAGUGACUGUGAAUAAGAAUGAUGAGCUUAUUGUUCUAGAUAGAGGAGCAGUCAAGAUCUUCAAUAGGAAUUAUCAGCUCCUCCAUCAGUUCAAUCCAGGCAGUAAACCAUCACGUAUUGCAGUGGAUGACAACAAUCUGAUAGCAGUGGGUCAUAAAGACAAGGCAGAGAUCUCUCUACACAAACCAGAUGGAUCCCUCAUCAGAAGACUGCCUGCUCCAGGGAUUGGUGGAUACUUGACUACCUACAAACAGAGACUCAUCUACACCAACUGGAAUCACAAUAAGUUAGUAUCAGUAACCUACAAUGGUGAAAUGGUAUUCUCAGUAGAUAUCAAUCAGUCUGGGGGGCCUCUUGGUGUGUGUUGUGACAAGGAUGGUAGCAUCUAUGUUGCUGUAAGGAGAGGACCAUACUACUCACCAGGUGAUAUCCAUCAUUACAGUCCUGAUGGCAAGUACAUUGGAUGUAUCAUCAAGGGAUUGUGAUGAUCCCUAUGGUCUAACAUUCACACCAGCUGGUGAUCUGGUUGUGGCUACAUCCUAUUCAGUUCAAAUCUAUCAGCAUGAGUAAAGACAUCAACAAACAUUAUGCUGGACCAGAAUAACAUACAGGUUGAAAUAAGCAUUUAACAACAUAAAAAUGUGGAUGUUUUUCAAAAACAUCUUCAAUUUUAUAUUCUCAUAAAUUUCAGAAAGAGUGAUAACAUUUUUGAAAUACAAUUAUAAUUGUUUUUAAGGGGAAACAAAACAUUUCAUUGAACCAUUUCAACCAACCUGAGUAGAUUGCAGAAGCAAAUUCAGUCAACUCACAACAAAAUGAAAAUUUUGGUAGGAAUACAAUCUUUACAUAGUAUGUAAUUGAUUAUUGAUCUCUAAAAUAUCAA